AUCCACGAUCUGAGGAAGAGAAGAAGAGAAGCUUCUCUCGCGCCCUUUUCGGGUCACUGCGACUAAACUGCAGUCAUGGCGGAUGGAUUGCAUUCGAAGCAUCCAUCGGUAGUUCAUAAGUUAGCUGGGAAAUCUUAUCUUAUGUCCAGGCUCACCCCUAAUCACUCCGGAAACUAUUCUUCGGCUGGUGCUUGCUUCAAUGGAGGCGUGCAGUCUUCAGGUUUGGUGGGGAUUGUAUCGCCUGUAUCUCCAAUUACCGUGCACGCCCCGGCAGAGAAAGGGAAAGGGGUAUCUUCAUUUUUUGUGGAUUUUCUCAUGGGAGGAGUGUCAGCUGCCGUGUCUAAGACAGCUGCGGCUCCAAUUGAGCGUGUUAAAUUGCUCAUUCAAAACCAGGAUGAAAUGAUCAAGAGUGGUCGGUUAUCUGAACCGUAUAAGGGAAUUGGUGAUUGUUUUGCUCGAACCAUGAAGGAUGAAGGAGUGAUUGCUCUUUGGAGAGGAAAUACUGCCAAUGUUAUCAGAUACUUCCCUACUCAGGCUCUGAACUUCGCUUUUAAGGAUUACUUCAAGAGGCUUUUCAACUUCAAGAAAGAUAAGGAUGGCUACUGGAAGUGGUUUGCUGGGAAUUUGGCAUCUGGUGGGGCUGCUGGGGCUUCCUCCCUCUUAUUUGUCUAUUCUUUGGACUUUGCCCGUACACGUUUAGCAAAUGAUGCAAAGGCUGCAAAGACGGGUGGUGAGAGGCAGUUCAAUGGUUUGAUUGAUGUAUACAAGAAAACCAUUAAGAGUGAUGGUAUUGCUGGCCUUUAUCGUGGAUUCAACAUCUCAUGUGUUGGAAUUAUAGUGUAUCGUGGUCUUUACUUUGGGAUGUAUGAUUCUCUGAAACCAGUGGUUUUGGUUGGUGGAUUGCAGGAUAGUUUCUUUGCAAGUUUCCUUUUGGGAUGGGCGAUCACCAUAGGUGCUGGCUUGGCCUCGUACCCCAUUGAUACUGUGCGUAGAAGGAUGAUGAUGACAUCUGGAGAAGCUGUAAAAUACAAGAGCUCUUUAGAUGCAUUUAAUCAAAUCGUUGCAAAAGAGGGUACUAAGUCACUCUUCAAAGGUGCUGGUGCAAACAUAUUACGUGCUGUUGCAGGUGCUGGGGUGCUUGCUGGUUAUGAUAAGCUACAGCUCGUUUUGUUCGGAAAGAAAUAUGGUUCUGGUGGAGGUUAAGAUACAGAUAAUUAUGACGAAAACUAUCUGGGGCAAUUAUGUUGAUACCCCCUUGGGUUAAAUAAUUUGGAUGAAAAAUAGUGGUUUUGAGGUUUCCCAGAAUGUAGGGGCCUUAUAUUUAGAUAUCAUAGUUUUGCAGACUUUGAAUUAUAGUUGGUUGUUACAUGUCUUGAGCUUAUAAACCGUGUAGUUUUUUAGACCCUUUGGUCGAAAUAAGAAUACUGUAUUACCUUCAUGUUUGGUUGGAAUGUGUUACCAACGUAAGUUACAUUUGUUUUCGA